CCCACGUCGGAUCUCCCAAGCGCUUGUGAGAUCGCGCUUUUUGAGAUCAGUUGGCUUUGUCCAUUUUGGCCGGGAUCACCUUUGUGCAUUACUCAGUAUUGAACAUCAAAAUAAACGAAUUACAGUAGGCAGAUAUAUUUAUAAGUGAAAUAGAACACACACACUUCGAAUGUCGCUUAGUGCAAAAUGUUUAGUUGUUAUAUUUUUUUAAUACUACAUUUCUGUGGAAGUUUCGGAGCACGCAAAUCGGACACGGACAUCGUCAGGCCCCUUCAAACACCCGUAGAACUAACACAUAGACGUUAUUCAUCCAAUCAAAACCGUCGAUCACUGGAAAGCAAUCGGAUUAUCAGAACUGAUGAUUACGAUGAUCGUAGCGGCGGGGUCGCAUGGCUACGCACGCCGAUGCACGUUGCAUAUGCCCCCAAGACGACCUCCUCCAAUGACGAGAAAAACCCACUCAAAACCUAUCAGCCAAGAGAGGACCCGAAACUAUACUACCAGUCUGAAGCAUACCUUAAAGAAAUUCAUGGCCAAAAUGUUAACAAAGAAGUAACUUACAUUUAUCCUGGAUGGGAAGUAGUCCGUGCUGGUGGAAAAUACCGGGUACCGAAGCAUUUAUUGAGGAGUGGAGACGACUCUCGAAGUACGAAACCAAAAGUAUGCAUAAGAUGCCCUCAUGAUAGAACGUUGGUAGCAAGAAUAGGCGCCGACAAAGUAAUUUUACAAAGCCCAAUACUAACUACGUGUUAUGGGCGGAAAGCUCCCAGAAGCGUUCGUUUAGUCCACAUGUAUGGACCAAAAUUCGGCGCAUUACUUCAGCACGGUUCCCAUGUUUUGGUUGGCCGUUUAAUGUACAAGAAUGAAACUCUCCGGCUUUGUAAGAUGCAGGUGCAUGUGAUAAUUCAAAGCUGUCCGACUCCAAAGCAUUUGCAAUCGCAUUGUUUAGAUAGAAAUACGCCUUGCAAUUUUACGUGUCGUGAUGAAACUUUGGAGUUAUUAGGAGAAUCAGCGCUGGUUUGUGGUGAAGAUAUGAGAUGGGAGGGCAAUCUUCCGGUAUGCAGAGCUCGUAACUGGUGCAAGCCUUUACCUACAUCAGAUGUGGGACAAGUAAGCUGCAAUGGAGCAACCACUGAAAGCGUACACUUAGGGCUAAGCGAGGGUACAAGAUGCCGAAUUAGAUGCCCCAUCGGCUGGCGGUGGUUUCCCAAAGCUGUUGCCGUAUGCCGCCGUGGGGAUUGGACAAAUUCAUUACAGUGUCAACCUAAGAAAAUUAUUUUAAGAUAGGAUAAAUACUUUUCUCGUUUUCCGAUAACAAAAUUGUCCAAUGAUAUCGUCAAGGACUCCCAAGUCUUUACAUUUGAGUAUCAGUGGUCGAUCGAGGACAUCAAAGUAGCUACUCAUAAAAAAUAUAAAACAAAAAUCUUUUAUUAUCUUCCUGCGGAAUUAAUAAUAACGAAACCAUAACUGCGAAUUGACUCGCAGACAACAUCUUUGAACUAAGAAAUGCCUCACAGAAUUAAGAACAUACAGAAUCCUCAUACAACCAGUAUUGCUCAUUUGUUUACUAAGGCUUGUCAGUUGCCAGUGUCACUACCCGUUCGGCCGUUUUUGUUAAUUCUAUUUGUAAUAAGCAACGCGUUUCGCCGGGUAAGACAAUAUUAUUUUCAAUUUAAAAUUUUAUCGAGAAACUUAUUUAUAAUAAAUGCCUUUCGAAAUGAUUUUGUGUUUAUUUAUAGGAUUUUAAAAUAAUUUGAAGCUUUACCACUAUCUUUCUCGAUUUUUUUUACUGGUCCACAAAAGGACCUAAUUUGUCUAGGUAUCUUAUGGUUAACCAACUGGUCAACAUUACAAAAUCUAACUAAACUAAAUGAUCAUUUAGUUCUUUGGAUUAAAUGUUUUAGAAUAAGUUUUUGCGUUUGCCAAACCAAUAAAAUUGCUUGUAUUAGUAAUUAAGGUAAGA